AAGAGCUAGCGUUUUUUUCCCUUUGAGGGGGAGGGGGAUUUAAACAAACAACCCCCCACGGCAUACCAACCGCAGUUGAAAUUAGCCCCGAACAACAUUCAGUGUGGUAGGAUUGUCUCCGUUUUGUUCUGUGCCGUAAGAAGACGGUGUUUCGCGGGACAAAGUGUACGGCGCGCACUAAUUGCCGUUUCGCGGAGGAAUAGUCGACGCAGCCGGGACUAAGUGUGAGCGAGCUGAAUGGAGGCAGCCUCUUCCUGGUGGAUAAACAGUGACAGCUACAGGGCAGCCACCUAGACCCAGCACGCAGGCUCUGGCGCUGCCCUGGCAAACAACACCAAAAUGGCUUCAGACAGUACACACAUCGCGCAGUUGACUUCUGAACUGUACUUCCUAAUAGCCCGAUUUCUAGAAGCUGGACCGUGUCAAAAAGCCGCCGAGACCCUGAUAAGGGAGGUGGAGGAGAAGGAGCUUCUACCCAAAAGGCUGGACUGGACAGGGCAGGAACAUCCUGGGACGUACGAAAAUUUGGUGAAACUCUACAGGCACGUAAGUCCAGACCACCUGCUGCAGGUGUGCUCCAGAGUGUGUCCGCUCCUGGAGAGGGAAGUCCCUGCCAGCGUGCCUGGGCUCACCAGCCUGCUGGGGGCUGGCAGGCAGAACCUCCUCCGCACCACCAAGAGUUGCAAGCAUGUUGUUUGGAAGGGUUCAGCACUGGCUGCGUUACAUUGUGGAAGACCACCGGAGCCUCCUAUUAUUUAUGGAAGCCCGCCCAAUAUCGUGGAGACGAGCUUCAGCCGCCGGCUGAACGGCUCCUACCGCCUUCGGCAGCUGGUGCCCACCGCCGUGUACCAGCACAUGAAGAUGCACAAGAGGAUCCUGGGACACCUGUCAUCGGUGUACUGCGUCACCUUCGACCGGACGGGCCGGCGCAUCUUCACCGGCUCGGACGACUGCCUGGUGAAGAUCUGGGGAACAGACGACGGGCGCCUGCUGGCGACCCUGCGCGGCCACGCGGCCGAGAUCUCCGACAUGGCGGUCAGCUACGAGAACACCAUGAUCGCAGCAGGGUCCUGCGACAAGACCAUCCGAGUGUGGUGCCUGCAGACCUGCGCCCCAUUGGCUGUGCUGGAGGGGCACGCCGCCUCCAUCACCUCGCUGCAGUUUUCGCCUCUCUGUUGCGGCUCCAAGCGCUACCUGUCCUCCACCGGAGCCGACGGCACCAUCUGCUUCUGGCAGUGGGACGCUCGCACGCUGAAGUUUGGCCAGAGGCCCAGUAAAUUCACAGAGCGCUCCAGACCCGGUGUCCAGAUGAUCUGCUCUUCCUUCAGCGCAGGUGGUAUGUUCCUCGCCACGGGGAGCACCGACCACAUCAUCAGGGUGUACUAUUUCGGGUCGGGUCAACCGGAGAAGAUCUCUGAACUGGAGUCCCACACUGACAAAGUUGACAGCAUCCAAUUUUCACAUUGCAGUGACAGGUUUGUGAGCGGCAGCAGGGAUGGCACAGCUCGGAUCUGGCAGCUGCAGCCUCAGGGCUGGAGGAGCAUCCUGCUGGAUAUGCAGACCAAAUUACCUGGGAAGUACAACCCGCCCCCACUCGAGGACAAGGUGACAAAGCUGAAGGUUACCAUGGUAGCGUGGGAUCGCCAUGACGGCACGGUGAUCACUGCGGCCAAUAAUCUGACGCUGAAGGUGUGGAACUCCAUCACGGGGAACUUGGUGCACGUGCUGAUGGGUCACGAGGAUGAGGUGUUCGUCCUGGAGCCGCAUCCCUUCGAUCCCAGAAUCCUCUUCUCGGCGGGGCAUGAUGGUAACUGCAUUGUGUGGGACCUGGCUCGGGGAGUUAAGAUCCGCUCCUAUUUUAACAUGAUUGAGGGCCAAGGGCAUGGAGCGUUGUUUGACUGUAAAUGUAGCCCCGAUGGGCAGCACUUUGCCGCCACCGAUUCCCACGGUCACCUGCUCAUCUUUGGCUUCGGCUCCAGCAGCAAGUACGACAAGAUCGCAGACCAGAUGUUCUUCCACACCGACUACCGGCCACUUAUUCGAGAUGCCAACAACUACGUGCUGGACGAGCAGACGCAGCAGGCGCCACACCUGAUGCCCCCCCCUUUCCUGGUGGACGUGGACGGGAACCCCCACCCGCCAAGAUACCAGCGGCUCGUGCCUGGCAGAGAGGGCUGCAGGGAUGAGCAGCUGAUUCCUCAGAUGGGGGUCACCUCCUCAGGCCUGAACCAGGUGGUGAGCGAGCAGGCGAUGGACGGUCCCAGUCCUCUGGACUCCAUGAUCCAGAGGCUGCAGCAGGAACAGGACCAAAGGCUGGGGGGCAACGAUGUCUCUACAGCAAACAACAGGGCUGGCAGAGGGUCGGUGGGUUCGCCCACAGAGGUACACUCUCCGCCCAACGUUGGCCUCCGACGUAGCGGGCAGAUCGAGGGCGUCCGUCAGAUGCACAGCAACGCCCCUCGCAGCCAGAUGGCAACCGAGGGAGACCUGGUGGCCUGGAGCCGCCGAGUGCUGGUCCCCGAGCUGGAGGACGCCUCUGUCCGGAGACAAGUGAACUGGCGUGAGGCCAAAGGGGAAGAAGAAAUCAACAUCUAUCAGUCGGAAAGGAGGAGGCGUACAAUCCACUCCCUCCCCAAAGAGAGCAGGGUGCAUCCCACAUCAGAGAGUAACGCAGAGGAGGGGAGGAAGAGCCAGGGGAACCACGGCUAUCAAACUCGAGCUGCAAUGGAGGAGACGAGCCGUCAGAGCGCCGAGACCGCCGAUGACGAUGAUAGCACCUCAGAGGGUGAAGUGGAGGUACGGCAGAUCAAUGGACACUCGUCAGAGGAUGAGAAGGAAGAGGAACCAAAGGAGCCAUGGCCAGAUGACCACAGCAGUUCAAGCGACUACUCCAGCGACUAUUCUGACUGGACAGCGGACGCAGGGAUCAACCUUGAGCCGCCCAAAAAGAGCGUGAAGGUGAAAAAAAAAAGCAGCGGCUCCGAGGAGGAGGGAGAGAAGAAGAGGGAGGGGAAGAAAGAGAAGAAGAAGGACAAAUCAGACAAAGACGGUACUUUACCAAAGAAGAAGAAGGAGCCAAAAGAGAAGAGGAAGAGGGCUGAGUUGCAGGAGCAAGGGCUGACCUUGGAGGAGUGGCUUCCCUCCGCCUGGAUCACCGACACGGUCCCUCGGAGAUGUCCUUACAUUCCACAGAUGGGAGAUGAGGUGUACUACUUCCGGCAGGGCCACGAAGCAUAUGUGGAAAUGGCCAAGCAGAAAAAGAUAUUCAGCAUCAAUCCUAAGAAACAGCCCUGGCACAAGAUGGAGCUGCGGGAGCAGGAGCUGAUGAAGAUAGUGGGCAUAAAGUACGAAGUUGGCUUGCCCACUCUGUGCUGCCUGAAGCUGGCUUUUUUGGACCCUGACACUGGCAAACUGACCGGAGGAUCCUUCUCUAUGAAGUACCACGACAUGCCUGACGUGAUUGACUUCCUGGUGUUACGGCAGCAGUUUGACAACGCCAGGCGGAGGCAGUGGACUAUAGGUGACAGGUUUCGGUCGGUGAUUGAUGACGCCUGGUGGUUUGGGACCAUUGAGAGCCAGGAGCCCUACCAGUCCACGUACGCUGACAGCUUGUUCCAGUGCUACAAUGUCUGCUGGGAUAACGGAGAUACCGAGAAGAUGAGUCCUUGGGACAUGGAGCCCAUCCCAGAUGAUGCUACAUUCCCCGACGAAUUGGGCCUGAGCGUCCCGCUGACGGAGGAGGAGCAGAAGGAGCUGCUGUACGUCCCUCUGGACGGGGAAUGGGGCUGCCGCAUGCGUGCCGAGGAGUGCGAACGCAUCAUCCAAGCGAUCGACCAGCUCUGUACACUCGACGUGGCAGCGCCGUUCGCUUUUCCGGUGGACCUGCAGGCCUACCCGACGUACUGCACCGUGGUGGCCUACGUCACCGACCUGAGCACCAUACGCCAGCGGCUGGUCAACCGCUUCUACAGGCGGCUUUCCUCUCUGAUGUGGGAGGUUCGUUACAUCGAACACAACGCCCAAACCUUCAACGAGCCGGGAUCCUUCAUCGUCACCACCGCCAAGUUCGUCUCCGACCUCAUGCUGGCGUUCAUUAAGGACCAAAGCCUAACGGACCUCAUGCCUCUCUACAAAACUAUGAAGAAGGCAACUUUCUCAGACUCCUCAGAGGAGGAUGAUGAGGAAGAAGAUGAAGAUAUCAACACUCCAGGAACAUCCAAGCGGAACCAUAAAAGCCGUCGACCCAUGCGGCGCCAACUGCGAACCCGUCCUCCUUCCUAUGACCCUCAUGCAUGGAGGGGUCGCUGUAAGGAGCUGUUGGAUCUCAUCUUCCAGUGCGAGGACUCUGAACCCUUCAGAGAGCCAGUGGACCUACAGGAGUACCCGGACUACCUGCAAAUAGUUGACUCACCAAUGGACUUUGGCACAGUUCUCAGCACGCUCACUGAGGGAAAGUACCAGUCUCCCAUUGAGCUCUGCAAGGAUGUCAGGCUCAUCUUUAGCAAUUCCAAGGCUUACACUCCCAGUAAGAAGUCCCGGAUUUACAGUAUGAGCCUGAGGCUUUCUGCACUCUUCGAGGAGCACGUGAGCUCCAUUCUGUCCGACUACAAAGCCAUCCACGGCCUGACCGACAAACUGACCAGAGCGGGCACAGACAGGCAGACGCGGCACACGGCGGACAGACAGACGCGGCACGCAAUGAAGAGGAGGAGGAGGAGGAGCGAGUCCCCCACAAGCAGCAAUGCAUCCAGCCCAGAGAGAAAGAGGCGCGUGUCGUCCAGGGUGACCGGGAGGAGGGAGCCGUCUCCGGCUCCGCCGCGGCCGUCCUCUCUGAGACAAAACGUCCCGCUGAAGCCGCCGCCUCAGAUGGUCAACGGCAAGGCGGACGCGCCAGCUGCGGGGCGCACGCGCAGCGCUGCCCGCCACUUCACGCUCUCCUCACCUUCAUCAAAUAACGCCGCAAACAACUCGGCGAGCCCGGCGGAUUCCUCUCGCUCGCUGCGGGCUCAUAAUUCUGUGUCGGCUGCGACUCCCCCAACUGCAGAAAAGCUCAGCCCCUCGCCGCCCGCAGACGGUAACAGUGGAAGCACCCGCCGCAAACUCAGGAUGCCCGUGCGCCACACACCAGGCUCCCCUUCCAGCCCGUCGCCUCAGAGCACAGUCCACCUCAAUGGCCACAGCAGUCACAUGACCCUGGCCGUGGGGAGGAGGGGCCGCAAGUCCAGAAUGGACUCACCGGUCAGUCCUCCAGAGAUCACCACUCCAGCCAGCCCUUCCAGACCCCGGGGUCGACCGCCGGGCAAGAAGAGAGGCAGGAAAAGUAAGCAGGAGCUGGAUGAGAUGAGGCGGAGCAGCAACCGCCGGAGCUCCACUCCCGAGGACGAGCUGGACCACUCCACGGGCGACGAAGGCGGAGCAUCUUCUGCCCAGGAGACCUCCGCACUGUCGGACUCUGGCACCGCGUCCACGCCUAGACGGCGAGGGCGGCCCCGGGCAGUAAGAACUGAGGAGCUUGUUCCGCCCGCCGAGUCCCCCGAGCCCUCGCCCCUUAGGAGGAGCAGCAGGAGAGCCACCGAGGAGGUCACGCCUCCUCUCCAGGCCCCCUCGCAACGGUCCAGUCGGAGGGAAUCCCCGAAGGACGAGGCAGGUGAGGGGUCGAUGCGCACCCGUAACCAAGGGCGACGGUCAGCCUGGUACAUGGAGGAGGAUUCUGAGGAGGAGCAGAGACAGCUGCUGUUCGAGGACUCCUCCAUAACAUUUGGCACCUCCUCAAAGGGGCGCGUCCGCAAACUGACAGAAAAGGCCAAAGCCAACCUCAUAGGCUGGUAACGCUCAGCCCAGGAGAAGGAACCUCUGCGGUGGGCGUUUUGGUGUGCGUAUGUGUCUGUGGGGAGCCGCCGGUCCAGCUGCUGCUGUGGGACGCCGUGGCUGUGGAGAGGAACGCGCUCACUCCUCGUCGUGGCUGACCCCUCCCUCCUCUCCGCCCAGUAACAAGCACGUCAGCACAGCAUGUUCAUUUGCUCCAACUCCUACGUUAUUGAUCCAUGUUGGAUCCCACCGGAGCACCUAGAAUCUCAUGUUGAUGUGCCUCGCUCCCCGACGGCUCGCUGUCAGAUUGGGCAGAGCAGCCGGACAGAGAAUACGUUUUCAAGGAGACAAAAAACGGUCUCCAAAGUGUUUCUUAGCAGAAAGUGUUUGGUCUGAGAUAGAGGAUGCACCCAAAGCGUAACAACUUCCUUUUUUCACCCCCAACCACCAACCCCGCCUUUGUUCCUGCUCCCUCUCUUUUUUUUUUUUUUUUCUACAACCCACUCUGCUUUUUCUAAGAUUUGUACAUGAUGAUCAGCUCUCUGUUUUGAAAGUCUUACACCGGAGUGAGUCUGCCUGCGCUAAAAUACCAAAUGGCGUUACCUUUGUUGGUACUGUCCUGCAGUUUUUUUGAUCCGUUUUGACUUUUAUUUGCAUGUUUUUUAGAACACAAAUGCACCCCCCCCCACCUUAACCGAAGCUGUUUUUACUGUGAGGAAGAUAAGGAUACAUGGGUGAAAUGAGUCCUGUAUGUCUCUAUAGAACAUGUUUCAGUGCGUCCUCAGCAUUAGCAAUACCUUGUGCCUUUAUGUCUGUGGUGUGUGUGUGUGUAUGGCCUCUACCUGUGCCUGUUUGCAUAUGGACUUCAUAUGGACAAGCGUGUGUACCUGAAGGAGUUGCAUGCGUGUUUUUGUAACACGGGUGAGUGUAUAGUUCACUUUGGGCGUGCAAACAGUGGCAAACAGUCUGAUCUUAAAAAAAACAAAGA